AAGUUUCCAAGAGACUAAAAACAUGACUAAGAGGUUCAGAGUUGGAGGAGAACAAGUGGAGGCCAUUGAUCAGAGCUUGAGCAUGGCCAAUGUUUUGAUGCUCUUAUCUCGUGGUGAUCAUCCUCAAGCUGAUGCAGGAUCAGGAUCAGGAUCAGGAUCAGGAGUUGCCGGAGGAGAAGACUCGUCGACGUCCACAGGACGUGUGUUCGAGUGCAGGACGUGCAACAGGCAAUUCCCAUCAUUCCAAGCGUUGGGUGGACACCGAGCAAGUCAUAAGAAGCCAAGAUUGGGUGGAGAUGGGCCGGCACAGAGCUCGGCAGGGUCGAAGCCGAAGGUGCAUGAGUGCUCGGUUUGUGGGCUGGAGUUUGCAAUCGGACAAGCGCUGGGUGGGCACAUGAGAAGGCACAGAGCCAUGACUGAAGGUUUUGGACAUGAGAAUAUGGUGCAGAAGAAGUCACAUGGCCGGAGAGUUAUGUGUUUUGACUUGAACUUGCCACCGUUGGAAGAUAAUGGAGGAGAAUCAUGGUUGAAGAUGGGAACUGGUGGGAUUCAUGACAACUCUGUUGAUAAUUUCAGGAUGGUGGAUUGCUUUCAUUAAUUUUUUUGUUCUUUUAAUUUAUUGGGUGAGGUUGAGCUUUUGUAGUUUGUUUAUAGUGAUUAUAUGGUAACUUUUUUCUUUUGUUUUGUUUUUUUGAGGUUUUUUUUUGGUUUUUUGAACCGAAGAUCUCUUGUAUGUGUUGGGGGUUGUGUUGGAAAUAUAAUGAUAGAGUUAUUUUAUAA